GUGUGUAUGCACAUCUACUUGUCUGCAUACCUUGAUAGGAUCAAUCCACACUCUCCUUCAUUGUCUUUCUGUCUGCCCCAGAACAACCUUCUCACUUUCUUGCGGGUUCUGCCACCCCUGUGCGCCCUCACACUUAUUUACAAGCAGAGGAUUGCUGACAUUUUGCCUUCAUGGAGGAUUACCACAAACCUGACCAGCAGACAGUGCAGGCGUUGAGGAACAUCGCCAACCGCCUCAGGAUCAACUCCAUCAAGGCGACGACUGCAGCGGGCACAGGACACCCCACAUCAUGCUGCAGUGUGGCCGAAAUCAUGUCUGUGCUUUUUUUCCACACCAUGAAGUACCGCCCUGACGACCCCCGGAACUUCCACAGUGAUCGCUUCCUGAUGUCUAAGGCUCAUGCUGCACCAGCCUUGUACGCCAUGUGGGUUGAGACGGGCUUCCUGAAGGAGAGCGAGAUGCUCACUUUGUGCCAGGUUGACUCCUCGCUGGAGGGCCACCUCGUUCCUAAGCAGCAAUUUGUGGACGUGACCACCGGCUAUUUGGGACAUGGACUCGGUGUGGCCUGUGGAAUGGCGUACACUGCCAAAUACUUUGACAAAGCCAGCUACCGCGUUUACUGCCUGCUGGGGGAUGGUGAGAUGUCAGAGGGCUCCGUGUGGGAAGCCAUGUCGUUCGCUUCUUACUACCAGCUCAACAACCUUGUGGCCAUCAUGGACAUCAACCGCCUAAGCCAAAGUGACAACGCACCUCUGCAGCAUCACGCCGAGAAAUACCAGAGACGCUGUGAAGCUUUUGGCUGGCAUGCCAUCAUUGUGGACGGACACAGUGUGGAGGAGCUGUGCAAGGCUCUGAGCCAACCACGCCAUCAGCCCACCGCCAUCAUUGCCAAAACCACCAAGGGCAAAGGCAUUCCAGCUGCAGAAGAUAAGAUGGGCUGGCACUCCAAAACUCUGCCUAAAGACAUGGCUGAGAUGGUCAUGAAGGAGCUGCAAAGUCGAAUUAUGAGCACCAGCAAGCACCUGUACCCCCCUUCUCCCAUAGAAGACUCACCCCCAGUCAGCCUGAGGAACAUCCGCAUGGCCAGCGCUCCCACUUACAAGCCUGGAGAAAAGAUUGCCACACGUAAAGCCUACGGGAUGGCCAUCGCCAAGUUAGGCCGCUAUAACGAGCGCGUCGUGGCUCUCGAUGGGGACACAAAUAACCUCACCUAUGCUGAGAUCUUCAAGAAUGAGCACCCCAAUCGCUUUGUGGAGUGCUACAUUGCCCAGCAAAACAUGGUCAGUGUUGCCAUGGGAUGUACCGCCCGUGAGAGGAACGUAGUGUUUGCCAGCACCCUGGCAUCCUUUUUCACCCGUGCCUACGACCAGCUCCGCAUGGCAGCCAUAUUAGACAGCAACAUCAACCUGUGUGGCUCCCACUGCGGCCUGUCCACUGGAGAGGAAGGGCCCUCCUUGAUGGGGUUGGAGGACAUGGCUAUGUUCCGGGCGCUACCCAUGACUACUAUCUUUUAUCCCAGUGAUGGGGUGUCCACAGAGAAGGCUGUGGAACUAGCCGCAUCCACUAAGGGUGUUUGCUACAUCCGCACCAGCCGUCAAGACAGCGCCAUCAUCUACAACAGCAAUGAAGACUUCCAUGUUGGACAGGCUAAGGUGGUGUACCAGAGCAAAGAGGACCAGGUGACUGUGGUGGCUGCCGGUGUGACUCUACAUGAGGCUCUGGCUGCAGCUGAACACCUAAAGAAAGAGAGGAUAUCUGUGUGUGUCAUUGAUCCAUUCACCAUCAAACCUUUGGAUGCCAAGACCAUCAUUGACCACGCGCGUGCCACCAGGGGAAGAAUCCUCACUGUGGAGGACCAUUACUAUGAAGGUGGUCUCGGCGAGGCGGUGUGCUCGGCGGUGAUCAACGAGUCCGGCUUCAGUCUGCAUCGUUUGGCCGUGUCCCAUGUUCCGCACAGCGGCAAACCACAAGAGCUGCUCAAGCUGUACGGUAUCGAUCGCGACUCUAUCGCCCAGGCCGUACGCAAGAUGCUCAGCACCUCCACCAACGCCAAGUAAAGCACCUCCUCUUGCCACACCCGUUCUUGAUCAAAACUCUCAACCGGGGGGGGUGUCCAAACGACGGCCAGAUACAGAAAAAUUAGGGGUGCACGAUAAUUAUUGGGCCAAUAAUUAUCAGGCUGAUAUGAGGGGAAUUAUGACGUCAUACCAAUAACAAAUCCGAUAAUAAGUCCGAUAACAUUAAAAAUAGCUCUGAUAACCGAUAAUUUAAAAAAUGCUCCAAUGAGGUGAGAUUACCCAUACUGUGAGGGUGAGCAAAUCAAGCGCUCCUUUUUUCUCCUGCCUGUGACGUUAAUGUCUCAUAAACAAACGUCCACUUUCAGGAGGAAGACAUUUUGCGUGCUAGUUGUACCAAAUGCUCCACGAUGAGGGGAAAGAAACCCAUCGAGCACACAAAAAACCUUAUCAGCCACCUGAAGCGCCGCGAUAUUUGAAAAGUGCAAAAGGUUUGCUAGAGACAUUCGUGGCGUCACACCGGCUGCUUGGAGCGUGUGCCAGAAUACAGUGCACCUUGCUGAGCAACGCCAGAUGGCUCCCUCCGACUCUAUACUCUGGUUCUCCUGACCUCCGUAGCGGCACACCAGCUGCUUGGAGCAUGUGUCCGAAUAUAGUACACCUUGCUGGGCCACAGCAGGUGGCUCCUUCCGCUCUAUACUCUGGUUCUCCUGAUAGUAGUGAUGUGGCAGUAGUAAUAUCAUGGUAUUUGAUUAGGACAAAUCAACAGGUACGGUUGGUCAAAUCCUAAUUUGUUCCAGUCCUUCUUACCUCCAGGUGGGCACAAACUACGCUUAAAUGUAAAAUUUGAAAAAGUAGAAGUAAAGUAGAUUCGGUUAUCAUUACCAUAUCGGUUUUGUUAAGCAGAAAGUUAUCGGAAUCGGUUUGAAAAAAAAAGAUAUCUUGCAUCUCUAAGAAAAAUGAAAGGAUGCUUGGGCCACUUUGAUAUGAAUGACUUUUCUUAGUUUGAUUUUGUAUUAAAGAGCGUCUAACCACUGCGGUGUAGGUGAAGAAAUGCAAAGCUAUGAAACACAUUUUAGUAAGUACUUCUUCCUGGUAGUGUGAUGCCUCUUGUACUUUUUCUCUUUUCGAUGUGGCCCUAAUCCUCCUCCAUAAUGUUUCAUGAAUUAUACUAUAUUCCCGAGGGGCCAAAAAAAUUGAGGUGAGGGCCGCACUUUGGACACCCCUGUCUUAAAGAGUCACAUGACGCGCAAUUCUCUGGGUUCCUUCACUGCCAAUCCCUUUAAGUGUUUCCUAAAGUGUUGUGAUUGUGUGCUGUACAUUUCAAGGUAGAAUUCCACUUUUGCUCUUCUUUCAUGCAUCCUUCACAUCACGCACGCACGCGCAAACACACACACACACACACACACACACGCACACGCACGCACAAGCUAAUACACGCAUUCCCACUUCCCCACCACACUUCUUUUUACAUGUUGAACAUUUGUGAUGCUUUCAUGUGUUUUCUGGGGGGGAAACGCUUUUUAAGUAACCUCAUUAAGGUGGCAGUGUUUUUAUAUAUACUGUAUCGUUCCAAAUGUAGUACCCGUGAUUGGGUGGGAGGGGUUAGCGUUCGAGUAGUUGUCAUGGCGACAGUGUCAGAAAGAAACAAAAGUGAAUUGUUGUUUGUAGAAUUUAGUGGAAAAAAAAAAAAACAAGCAAUCAAACAAAACAAAUGUAGACUGGUGAAAAGGUUGCACCAAAAGCACAUGUACACAUGUUUUAGACAAUUCCAAUGUAGCACUGUGUGUUUUCUUGUUGAUUUGUCAUCAGUCCACACAUUAUGUGCACACUUGGCUGGCACCAGCCGUGGAAUCAUGUGGUGUUUUGUUUUUUUAUAUAUAUAAUGUCAGGUGAAAAGGUUGAAAUUUGGUUGUGACUGUGGAAGGAGAGUUACAUCAUCCUAAGAACUGUUACUUGAAGUUUUGUAAGGACUAUUCUUCAUGUAAUAAAGCCCUCUACAUUUGA